UACUUCUCUGCAAAAGGCCUCAUAGGCAGUCUUACGAUAACAACUCCAAGGAGCAUCAUGAUGACCCUCACUUACAGCAUUUCAGCCCUGCUCCUUGCAUUCGCUUGGCUGGCCUAUGGCUGGCUUUACAACUGGCGCUUCAGGACGUACAAACAUAUUCCCAGCUAUUAUCCACCGUCUUUGUUCAUGGGUAAUCUGGCCACUAUCGGUACUGCCGUUGCUCAGUUGAAAGAUCCACGUCGUCAUACGGAUUACGCUUUCGAGAAGCUGUGGAAAGAUGCCGGAUAUCCACAGAUCACGCUGUUAGAUCUGCGACCGUUGAAUCCCCCACUGCUUCUCGUGGCGUCCCAUGAGGUAGCAGAGCAGAUAUCCAAGGCAUCCAAGGAGCACACAUGGAGCGUGACCAAGAGUCCCACUAUGGGAGCUUUGCUAGAUAUGAUAGGCAAAAAAUCAAUUCUGGUCGCCGAGGGUGACACAUGGAGAGCUCUGCGCAGGCGUUUCAAUGCUGGGUUUGCGCCACAGCACUUGAUGACGUUAAUGCCUGUGAUAUUACAGAAAGUGGACAGGUUCGUCGCGAAAUUGGACGCUCUGGCUAUCUCAGGAGCCGAAGCAGAAAUGGAACCAUUAUGCACCAACUUGACUUUCGACAUCAUCGGUGACGUUAUCUGUAAUUUGGACUUGAAAGCACAAGAUACAGACUCGGGUGGCCAUGAAGUUGUGUAUUUCUUUAAGAGACUUCUCGCGACCUAUGCCGGGCAAAGCAGGCUACCGUCAUUGACCAAUCUUAUGCUGAGGAUUCGUCGGAGGUACUAUGCGACCAAGGCGGAUGCAUCCAUCAAAAAAUGCAUCAAGAACAGCUUCGCUGACGUUAAAAUCGCCCAAGAAACAGGGGUUAAGGACUCCAGAAACCGCUCCGUGCUGUCUCUCGCUCUGAAAGAUACCAAUGACUUGACUAGCGAAGAUCUUCAAAUCGCAGCUGAUCAAGUCAAGUCAUUCUUCUUCGCUGGCCAUGACACGACGUCGAUCCUGCUUCAGCGACUCUUUCACGAGCUUUCGUGCAACCCCAAGUGUCUCGAGGCUUUACGUGCCGAGCACGACGCUGUGUUUGGCGAAGAGGAUCCGCGCAGCGUCCUUCUCUCCGAGCCAGAGCAUACUAUGAAGCAGCUCACCUACACCUCGGCUUGUAUUAAAGAAGCGCUUCGUCUCUGGCCGCCAGCUGGUACAGCGCGUCUGUCUGUUCCAGAAAAGGGAUUCAAAGUGCGACUCGAGGAUGGAUCCGAAGUGUGCGUUGAUGGGACCAUUCUGUACCAUAAUCACUUCCUCAUCCAGCGCGACCCUAGAGUGUACGGCGAUACGGCUUGUAAAUUUGUGCCAGAACGUUGGCUGGGGAACACGUCUACGGCGGCAGCAGAUGAAGGCGAGCACUGUGUUGAAACAGAUGAUCAAAAGAUUCCUAUAAGUGCUUGGAGACCAUUUGAGAGAGGACCAAGGAACUGCAUUGGACAGGAGCUGGCGAACUUGGAAGCGCGAGUCAUACUCGCCUGUGUGAUAAGAAAGUUUGACUUCAUCAAACUUGGUGCAGGUGCUGUAUUGAAUGACGAGAAAGGGCAGCCGAUAGUUGAUGAGGGAGGCCGAUACAAGACGAACGGGGAGCUGUUCAGUGUAAGUGCGCUAAGUGAAGAUCAUUAUCGAGAUAAUGCUGACAGCGACAUAGACCCUUGUCAUUACUGCAAAGCCCUUUGA